GCUAAGCAAUCCUUACCUGUUUAUCCCAUAAUACAAUAAUUAUGCGCUAACCCCAGAUGCAAACCUAUCACUUUGACGAUGUGGGACAACUUCACAUUCGUGCAAGGCUUGAAAAUCAAAAAGGCACUCCAAUCUAGCAUUUAUCCAAUACUUUUUGCGAGGCGGAUAUCAGCAACCUCUUUCCAAGGGCUAUCAUUAACAACACGGUACGAUUCAUCCAUCGACCUGAACCCAAGCAUCUCCCCUACAUCAACUCUACAAGAAUGGAGGUCUUCAAAUACUGUCGCUAUACACAACGCCCUCCGAACAAAGGAAUUCCAAGAUCCCCUGUCUCUUUUUGCAAACCCUAAAGACAUUCAAACAACAACCAUCUCUGAAGUUGCAGCUACAAAAAAUGAGGAGGACAUCCAUCUAUUGGAUUGAAGGCCAGGUACAAGUCUUGGAAAAUGAGGCAAUUACAUUCUACAUAGGUUGCAGCACCUGCAACUGAAAAGUGCACUUCAAAGAGGGAAUCACUUUUAGAUGCAUGCAAUGUGGCGACGCGGAAGCAAUAACUACCCUAUACAAAGAUAUUCCGAAUAUUGGCGGAAAUAAGAGACGAGGAUAGUGCUCUACAGUUCACCCUCUUCACCAAUGCACUCUAAAAGAUAGUUCGUGCACUGGAAUUGAAUACACCACUGGAGUUGAUCCAAUGUGUAGAUUUGAACAAAGGUCUUGAAUCGAUGAAGGUAACAACUGCAGUCAAACUACCACCACGCACUGACCAAAGAUGUGCACCAAAGAAUUUCUCUCUUCUGUGCCUCUACGGCGCAGCCUCUCUCAUGACCAAACAACCUUUCCGACCUUAAAGAGAAAGCUCAAAGCCGAAGAGGACUGCCCCAAAAAACAGCGUUGACAAGUUUUACAUCGAGGUAGAGGCCCUUUUUGACUAAAGUGUUGAUCCCUUCCACUUCUCUAAAAUAUAACUACCCCAAUAACGUAGGAAAACUUGUGAAUUGUGUAGUGUAUAGCUAACCACCCCUCU